GUGUGAAGCCACGUACUCAGUAUCUAGAGCUUUCAAUCCUGCCGUUAAUCUCGUGAAACUUCUGUAUUAUAAUUGCCUGAACCAGAUUGUGAAUCCGUGACUUAUCGGGAAACUUUUGCGAAAUUGGCAAUUUCGGUGUGUUAUCGGCAUUAAGAGAAGUAUUCGACUUGAAAUUCUCUGUAUUCUGCCGAUUAUUAGUUGGAAAUUUGGGGAGAAACAGGGAGAAGUUCGGAGCUGCAGUUAGCAGCAGCAGAAUUGUCUUCUCUGUACAAAGGAAGGAAAAUUUGGAUUCAAGUUCUCUCUUAGGUAAAAAUUGUUGUGGGGCAGCUGAUUCUAGCUUCACUGCCUGGUGUUUCUGAGAUCAGAGAUCAAAAAUUUCAUUGCGAACAUCACCGUUUUCUGGUUUUUCUAAAUAUUGGACAAGAUGGGGUUUGGCUUGGGAUCCAUGUUAAACACAGAUGUAUUGUCAACUUCUGAUCAUUCUUCAGUGGUGUCUAUAACUUUAUUUGUCACGCUUCUUUGUGCGUGUAUUGUGAUUGGUCAUCUGUUGGAAGAAAAUCGCUGGAUGAAUGAAUCAAUCACGGCCUUAAUCAUUGGUUUGUGCACCGGAGUCGUAAUUCUACUGGUUAGUCGAUGGAGAAGCUCACAUCUCUUGGUGUUCAGUGAGGAUCUUUUCUUCAUUUACUUGCUUCCACCAAUCAUCUUCAAUGCUGGGUUCCAAGUGAAGAAGAAACAAUUCUUCCGGAACUUCAUGACUAUAAUGAUGUUUGGAGCACUUGGCACCAUUAUAUCUUUCAUCAUCAUCUCAUUAGGUGCCAUCUUCGUCUUCAAGAAAAUGGACAUUAGGCUUCCAGUUGGAGAUUAUCUUGCAAUUGGAGCAAUUUUCGCUGCGACGGAUUCAGUUUGCACGUUGCAGGUGCUCAGUCAGGAUGAAACACCACUGCUGUACAGUUUAGUGUUUGGGGAAGGCGUCGUGAAUGAUGCAACAUCUGUGGUGCUUUUCAAUGCAGUCCAGGACUUCGAUCUGACUCAUAUAAAUACUUCUAUUGCCUUCCAGCUGAUUGGAACUUUUUUUUAUUUGUUCGCGUCAAGCACCGCAUUGGGGGUUGCAGCUGGACUCCUUAGUGCUUACAUCAUAAAGAAGCUCUGUUUCGGAAGGCAUUCGACUGAUCGAGAGGUUGCCAUCAUGAUGCUCAUGGCCUAUCUCUCUUACAUGCUGGCCGAAUUAUUCUACUUAAGCGGCAUCCUGACAGUGUUCUUUUCUGGUAUUGUGAUGUCUCACUACACCUGGCAUAACGUCACUGAGAACUCGAGAAUUACUACAAAGCACACCUUUGCAACAUUGUCAUUCGUCGCCGAGACUUUCAUAUUUCUUUACGUUGGCAUGGAUGCUCUCGACAUCGAAAAAUGGAGGGUUGUGAGUGGCAGCCCGAAAACAUCGGUUUCUGUCAGUGCAACUAUACUCGGAUUGAUUUUAGUAGGAAGAGCAGCCUUUGUUUUCCCGUUGUCAUUUUUAUCCAAUCUGACCAAGAAGCUUCCGCAUCAGAAGAUCGAUUUUAAGCAGCAAAUUACAAUAUGGUGGGCUGGCCUUAUGCGAGGAGCUAUUACUAUGGCUCUUGCUUACAAUCAGUUUACGAGAGCCGGGCAUACCCAAGAGCGCGGAAAUGCUAUCAUGAUCACAAGUACAAUUACUGUCGUCCUCUUCAGCACUGUUGUAUUUGGCUUGAUGACUAAACCACUUGUGAGAUUGUUAAUGCCUGCCUCCAAACAUCUGGUUUCUUUCGACUCCAUGAACGCGACAAACUCUUUUAUCGUUCCAUUUCUUGGUGAGUCCCAAGACUCUGCAGCCGAGCUAUUCCCUCCAGAGGGAACAGCUUCAGAAGCUCCCGACAGCAGCCGCAGCGUCACCCGGCCAAGCAGCCUCCGAAUGCUACUCACAAGGCCAACGCGCACAGUCCACUACUACUGGAGAAAAUUCGACGACGCAUUCAUGCGCCCGGUUUUCGGUGGGCGUGGCUUCGUUCCAUACGUACCGGGCUCGCCAACCGAACAAACCACCCAACACUGGGAAGGAGAAGCCAAAGAGUAACCUGACACUUUUUUCCCCAAUUUGUACACACGGUUUUGCAGAUUCUAAUUUCUCAUUCGACUGUCCCGUGCGAAAGGGAGUAGAUAACUAUAGUUCAAAGUUUGUUCUGGAUGGUACAUUGUUGUUUUGGUGUGUAAAGCUUUUAGUCGGGAGCUCUGUCGAAAGGUUUUCUCCCGUCCUAUGAUCGCCAGAUCGGCGUUUACUAUUGUUCGAGAUUGUUAACAGACAGCAUAUUUGGCUGUGCUGCUGGUUGUGUUUUGCCUUCUGUACAGUUUUGAGGUAAAAAUUUGGAAUAGACUGCUUUCCUA